GGCCGUCAUUGAAAAUAAGAAUUUGGUCUUAACUGACUUGCCUAGUUAAAUAAAGGUAUAUAAAAAAAAAUGCCUUGUCCUCUUCAACACUCACACCUGUGUUAACGAAAGAAUCACUGGCAUGAUGUUAGCUGGUCCUUUUGUGGCAGGGCUGAAAUGCAGUGGAAAUGUUUUUUUUUUAGGAUUCAGUUCAUUUGCAUAGCAAAGAGGGACUUGGCAAUUAAUUGCAAUUCAUCUGAUCACUCUUCAUAACAUUCUGGAGUAUAUGCAAAUUGCCAUCAUACAAACUGAGGCAGCAGACUUUGUGAAAAUUAAUAUUUGUGUCAUUCUCAAAACUUUUUGCCACAACUGUAGUCUAUAUUUGCAUCAAAGCUCAUCUGUUCAUCUGGCUGUUUGUUUUGAUAUGAAAAUGCUGGCUACCAAUUUAUCUUGUCAUUACAGUCUGUUCUGAUUAUUUUGAAGAAAACAUAAUGCUGUAUCUUCAAGAAUGGUGGGGUCAUGAAAAACCCAGCUCCUUGGUUGUGGAGUAGAGGAGAAGUAGUGCAUCGUGGGUGAUUCACAGACAAGACAGGGAGGCGAUGGAGGAAGAUGAGCGGGCUGUAGAAUUCAAGGGUCUGUUUGAGGACCCUGCCUUCAUCUGUGAGGACUCCCUGUUCUCAGACUACUCCACCCCUAUCGCCAGGUUCCAGGAUGACAUCACAUGGCUCCGGCCACAGGAGAUCUGCCCGUCUCCUGCACUCUUCCCUGACAACACCAAUGACGGCCAUGCAAAGCAAGGCCUCCUGGGAGACUGCUGGUUCCUCUGUGCCUGCACAAUCUUACUGAAGUACCAGCAUUUGAUGAACAAGGUGGUGCCCCCUGCCCAGCCCCAGUGGGGGGAGAGGGGGUACCGGGGCUCCUUCCUCUUCCGUCUCUGGCAGCAUGGCUGCUGGACAGAGGUAACCGUUGAUGACCGGCUGCCCUGCCUCAACGGAAAGCUCUGCUUCUCGCGCUGCCAAUCCCCCACUGCUUUUUGGGUUGCUCUGCUGGAGAAGGCCUACGCCAAGCUGCAGGGGUCAUAUGAGCGCCUAUGGGCGGGGCAGGUCUCUGAGGCCCUGGUAGACCUGACAGGGGGGCUGGCGGAGCGCUGGAGCCUGGGGGAUUGUGGGACAGAGGAGGACCAGGGUCGGGGGUCAUCUGACAGUGACUGGGUCAGGAGGAGGAGGCUGGAUCUGGACCUGCUGCAUGCGGUCAGAGAGGGCUGUUCAGUCAGCUGCUCUGUACACAGCGCCCCCGGAGGUGCCAGUGAGUUGGGGCAGUUCCAUGCCCUGAGUGUGAUGGAGUGGGUGGACGUGAGGACGGUGGAACGGGGAGGAGUACGUCUAAUCAGGAUCAGAAACCCCUGGGGCAGACGCUGCUGGGAGGGAGCAUGGAGAGAGAGUGGAGAAGGCUGGAACUCUCUGGACCCGGCCUGUACUCUGAACUUGCUGGGCCGGGCCCAGGAGGCAGAGUUCUGGGUGGACGAGACUGAAUUCCUGUUGCAGUUUGAUGAUGUCACAGUGGGGUAUCCUAUCAAUGAGGAGGGACACCUGCAGAGCAUCUAUUCUGGAAAGCUGCUGACUCAUAGCCACCAAACCAGCGAUCGCUGGGUCAAAGGUCACUCAGCAGGUGGUUGCCGUAACAACAGUAGCUUUGGCAGCAACCCUCAGUUCUGGCUUCGGGUGUUUGAGAGGGGAGAGGUGCUGGUGUCUCUGCUACAACACAGAAGGUAUAGCAGGAACACAGGACACCACUACACACAGUCACCAGAAGAGGGCAGCAGCACCACACAACACCAGCACUACCAGGCCAUCGCUUUGCACAUGUGGAAGGUAGAGAAGAAGUGUUUGAACCUGUCUGGGACUCUGAACAGCCCUCCCUGUGCCUCCACACACUGCCACGCCUACGAGCGUGAGGUGGUACUACACACACACCUGGACCCUGGCUGCCACCUGCUCAUCCCCAGUACCUUCCUCCAGGGGGGUGAGGGGAGCUUCCUGCUCAGGGUCUUCUCCUCUUCCCCCACCUCACUCAGUGCUGUGAAGACCCCGGGGCCCUCUUUGCCAUUGGUAACAGAGGGGGAGUGGGAGACAAACUACUUACGGGGCGCAUGGGUCACAGGGUCAUCGGCCGGGGGGAGCAGGAACUUCCUGUCUCACUGGCAGAACCCAAGGUUCCCGGUCACCAUGGGUGACAACAUAGCGGGGUCAACAGGGGUCAAUGUUAGGGUCACCCUCCACCAGAACUGCCCUGACACUGACCUCCAGGCCAUCGGCUUUCACCUGUACAAGACUCCAGAGGGACAGGAGCAGGCCGAGUCGACAGUACCCAGGGAGGAGGAACCGGUGGCCAGCUGCAUUCCUCACUGCUACACCCAGGCUGUCAGUCUGGCCUGCUGCCUUCCUCCAGGGGCCUAUGUCAUAGUGCCCUCCACCUACCAGCCUGACUCCCCAGGCCAGUUCACACUCACUGUGGCUCGCAAAAUACACAGGAGAGUGGUGAAGAGUCAGGAAAGACUGGGGAGAGCCAUUCAAGAGGUCUCUCACAUAUCUGUGAUGCGUAGUUAGCUCUGGGAGCUGUGCUGCCGCUCUGCUGACGUGGGCUCACAUCACUUCGGCCCUUGGCCACACAUGAAAGGAGCGGGUCUCCCCCCCUCUUCCCCAUGCCGAACACUGUGUGUGUUUGUGUGCGCACGCACGGCCUGGGCUCAGGGCCUUUAUCCCCAGCCUGGCGAGGCUCAGGGAGCCGAUCGGCAUCUCUUCUUUCUUUCUGUCUCUCUCUCUCCCUUUCUCUCUCUCUCCCGGCUGCGAUUAGCACAUCACAGGUUGUCGUUGGGCCAGGCGCUAAUGGGAGCUGACGGGGCUGGCCGGUGUAAACAAACAGCCGCCAUUGAAGAGGCCCGCUCACUAUGCUCACUCGCUGGCCCGUCGGCCUGGGACAAAGGGCCCACUCAUGGAGCUCCUUGCUGGGGCAGAGAGGGCAGAAGCAAGGGGUCGGACCUCACCACACUGCAGUGCACCCACCCAGCCUCAGACCCAAACCCCAGGGCUGCCUGUGACUGAACUUUGCCUUCAUCCAUGCCCCCAGAGUAGAUAGAAGUUUCCCCUAACCAUUGAUAUUUUGUCAUCCCCUUAAUGUUUGAGUUUAGGAUUAAGGGUGUGGUGAAUGUGAUUAUAAAUAUUUGGCUAAGGACAGCUUUAACAUCAAGCCCUUGUCCUCCGACCACAAACAGAGUAGCCCCCUCACCCCACAACCCCCACACCUGAGACUCUGCUGCAGCCCCCCCGUCCCUAUCACCCUCACACCCAUAGAACUGGACCUGGACUGCUGUUUGAAGUGGCUGCAUGAUGAACAGUACAGGGGGCGAUAUGGGGCGAAGCGGCACUACUUAAGGCAACAGAUUCUUUGGAAGAAGCCGCCAGUGUUUUGGCUCUGCACGCAGUGGCUGAAAAGGCAGGGUGUGUGUGUGUUUGUGUUUGUGUGUUGCUGGUGUGGUAACUAACUUGGGUACCACUGCCACUCCAACUGUUGACUGAUUACAAUGGUUUUAUUAUCUGAGAGUAUUACUGUGUUAUUGUACUUUUGUUGUCAGUGUGUUUGUGUGUUUAAAUAUACAGAAGAUGCAGGUGCUGAUUGAACUAUAAUAAAGUUGUAUCCUGCAAACCACA